AUGAAUGGGUCUUGGAAACUGGUCUUGCCCGUGGGCUUUGUGCUAUACUCGCUGCCGCUGUUUCUGCGGGUGAACGGCACCUCGGACUAUGUAAUCGACGAGGAGUUCCACAUUCCACAGGGAUUGGCCUUUUGCCGCAAGGAAUUCGAUGUGUGGGAUCCCAAAAUAACGACGUUUCCGGGCUUGUACUUGAUUGCGCUCAUCCUGAAUCCUUUGAACCUGUGCACGGUAACGGGCCUGAGGAUGCUUAGCCUGGCCGGUGCCGGGAUCAACAUCCUCCUGCUCUACAAGAUUAGGCGCCGCAUCCUGGCCGGCUCGGGGGGCAACUCGUAUGCCGCCCAUGAGGCUAUAACGAUGUCCGUUCUCCCGCCACUCUACUUCUUCACCCACCUGUACUACACAGACACUCUGUCGCUGACCAUGGUGCUUCUGUUCUACAACUAUUGGCAGCAGGAGGCCCAUCUGCCGGCAGCGGUCUUUGGGGCCGCCAGUGUGCUAAUGCGCCAGACGAACAUCGUGUGGGUUUGCAUGGCCACCGGGAUGACAGUGCUGGACACGCUAGUCCACCAAUGCAUCCGAACUCGGGUCGUUCCUAAGGACAAAAUCCGAUUGUUGGGCAAAGAGUUGUGGGUGCAACUUUUCAGCAGUCCCCAAUUGCUGUGCAACUGCUUCCUGAGCAUUUUGGCCAAAUGCUGCUUCUACGCUUCGAUCAUUCUGCCCUUCGUGGGCUUCCUGUUCAUUAAUGGCUCCAUUGUGGUGGGCGAUAAGAGUGCCCACGAGGCCAGCUUGCAUGUGCCGCAGCUCUUUUACUUCGCCAUAUUUGCGGCUGGCUUUGGAAUAUCCAACACCAUACGCCAGUUACGUGCGGCAGCAGACCUAAUUCGUAGAAACCGCAUGUUGUCCCUCUUGGCGUUGCUGCUAAUAUUGGUUGUAAUACACUUAAACACCGAGGUACAUCCAUAUCUGCUGGCCGACAACAGACACUAUACCUUCUACGUUUGGAGCCGGCUUUACGGACGGUUCUGGUGGUUUCGGUACGCCAUGGCGCCAGUGUACCUGCUCUCCAUUUCCGUGCUCUUCUGCGGACUGCGUCACAUGCCGGACAGCUUCAAGUUGAUGUUUCCAGUCAGUCUCUUUCUGGUGCUGUGCUUCCAGCGACUCUUGGAGCUGCGCUACUUCCUGGUGCCCUACAUCCUCUUCCGGCUGAACACGCGACACUCUCGCAAGGGCUACGCCGAGUGGCUAGAACUAGGCGCUCAUCUGCUCCUCAAUGUGGCCACAUUUUAUGUGUACUUCACCAAGGAGUUCUACUGGCAAAAUUACCGCGCUCCUCAAAGGAUCAUUUGGUAGUUCCUUCAAACUGCAUUCCUUUUGACCUAAAAUCCUGGAUCGGAAGUCAUUUACGUCUUCGGCAUUUAAAAAAUAAAACCGCUCGGCAUUUUCAA